UCUAAUCUUCCAUUCCAUCAUCACCACAAACAACUCCCUUCACUUUCUAGUUUCAUACAUUUUACAAGAGCAUACCCACAAGACUUCCUUUCAUUUAAGAAGAGGAUUUUCUUUCAUAAAGUUAGAAAAAGCGGAGAGAUUUUUUUCACUUAUAUUGAGAGAUGGCUGAGAAAACCCACCAGGCAUACCCUGUAGCCCCGGCAAAUGGUUACACAAGAAGUGAUGGAGAGUCUUUAGUAUCCGAAGAUGAGCUCAAACGCAAGAAGAGGAUCAAGUUGUUUACUUAUAUUGGCAUCUUCAUUGUGUUUCAAAUCAUAGUGAUGACUGUAUUUGGUCUCACUGUGAUGAAAGUUAAGACCCCCAAGGCCAGGUUGGGUGAGAUCAACAUCCAAAGUCUCAACUCUGUCCCUGCAACACCUUCGUUCGAUGCAGCUUUCACUGCACAAAUCAGGAUCAAGAACACAAAUUGGGGUCCAUAUAAGUUCGAUGCAGGUACUGCCACGUUUCAGUACCAAGGUGUGACUAUUGGCCAAGUUGUUAUUCCUAAGAGCAAGGCUGGAAUGCGUUCAACCAAGAAGAUCAGUGUCGAGGUGGGUGUGAAUACUAAUGUAUUGCCAAGCAGUUCAACUCUUGGCAGUGAAUUGAACAGUGGGGUGUUGACCCUUACUAGCCAGGUUCAAUUGAAAGGAAAAGUCGAAUUGAUGCUCAUAAUGAAGAAAAACAAGUAUGCUGCAAUGGAUUGCACCAUAGCAUUUGAUUUGUCAUCAAAGACGGUCAAAACUUUGGAAUGCAAGUGAUCCUGAAUCAAAUAAGAUAACCAUUUGUAUAGAGAGAUGAUCAAAGACUAGUUCUUGAUCUUCUAUUUUGCUUUUAUUAUUUUAUUCAUUAUGUAAAGUUUGGAUUUGCUAUAUAUAAUUACGAUAUUGGUGUUGUAUAUUUGAUUGAGUAUAGAUAUGGAACUUAAUUUCUGUACUCGAUCAAGUAUACCUGGAUUUCAAUCA